AUGCAAACCUUCCUGCCCCAGGUGAUCACUAGCCUGCCGGACGCCACACGAGUAUCCCUGCUGGCCUUUAGCGCAGCGGUGGCGGUCUUUGAUCUCAGCCGAUCCAAUGCGGUGGCCGCGCAUGUGCUGCCGGGCGACGGAGACAUGGACGAGGCUGUGCUGCGAGCUGUCAAGGGCAGCCUGUCGGCGUGCCUCGCGCCGCUCGGCGAGUGCCGGCCUGCUGCCCUGGCCGCCAUCAAGUCCCUCAGGCCAACACAGCAGGGCCGGCACAGGGAGCGGCCUCGGUGCACUGGGGCGGCAAUCGAAGCGGGCCUGCACAUCCUUUCGCUCGCACAGGCUUCCCGGGCCGACGCCGCAGCGGCCGCCGCCGCCCCGCAUGCGCAGACCGGCAUGUCCCGCGCAGCCACUCCCAUGGACGGUCGCAUGCUCAUAGGGCCAGGGCGUGUGCCGGUGCGCUCCUUGGACAGGGAUGACCGGGCGGCGGACGCGCACUCUCUGCGCGAGGGCGCCAAGGCCUUCCAGCGGUUGGCGCAGGCAGCUGCAGAUCUGGGCGCCGCAGUGGACAUCCUCGGAACCGGCAUGUCGGCCGUGAAUGUGCCCCUGCUCAGCACUGUCGCGCGCGCCAGCGGCGGCAGCCUGACCCUGCAUGCCGGGUACAGCGGAAUAUCAGGCGCAAAUCUGGCUGCGUCCCUUCAGCGCCAGGUUGGCAGGCGGGGGACACUGGAAGUCUAUGCAUCGCCGGGGCUGGCGGUGACGCGCAUCAUUGGGCCCGUAACGGACCUCCCUGCAGGCUGGACCCGUAACGGCGCUGCAGCAAAGCGCGCAAAGCGGGGCGGCGGCUGCGCGGCUGUGGCGCUGCGGGCUGUUGAGCGGGGCACAGCAGUGUCUUUCCACCUGGACGUUGUGAAGCCGCUGGAGGCUAAAGCUUACGUGCAGGUGGUGCUGAGUUGGCAAGACAGCGCGGGGCGCACAUUGCGGCGGGUGGUGACGCGCAAGCUGCAGACCACGACUGUGCUGAGCGCGUACGUGCGCCACGUGGACGUGCCUCUGGCGGCUGUGCUGCUGGCUAAGGGAGUGGUGCAGGACGCCGUUCGCAGCGAGGCGGCCGCCCACGGCGAGCUGGCGCCCAUCCGGGCCUCCAUCGGGAAGCAUCUGCAGCAUGUGGCGGCGUGCUUUGGGGAGGCCACCUGGGAGACACCCGAGCAGCCGGGCUGGUUCAGCAGGCGGAGGAAGCUGUGGAAGCUGCCGCACCAGCUGCGCCUGUUCGCCGAGGUGCUGUACCAGCUGCAGAGGGGGCCGGUGCUGGGCACUGUGAUGGGCCACGCAGACGAGAAGGCGCUGCUGCACUCAGUGCUGCUGGGCUCUCCGCUGGACCUGUCCCAGAGCCUGCUGCUGCCCGUGCUGCACAUCCACAACCGUGAGACCGGCCACUUUGACGUCACCCCGGCCGCCAACCUGGCUCUCUCCCCAGGUGCAGCUGCGGUGCUGGACCACGGCUCGCACAUCUUUGUGUGGCACGGCAGCGCGCUGUCCUCCUUCAGAGAUUGCGACUCCGUCCGCGCCAGCUGCCUCGACCACGCCGUGCGGCUCUCCUCUGGCCGCUUCCCUAUCCCAGACCUCCGAGUCGUCACUCAGGGGACCGGCGAUGCGCGCUAUGUGAGCGCGCGGCUGAUGCCGCUGCAGCACGACUCGCCGGAGGAGCAGUUGUCACAAGUGCCGGGCCUGGCAGCGCUGUCGACCAAGGACCGGGCCGCCCUUAUUCUGCAGCAGCCGCCCACGGACGAAUUCAGCUUCUUGGGCUGGUGCAGAUCCCUGGCCGUCGAUGUGCCCGCCGCCCCUGACAGCCUCAGCGCCGUGCUGGCCCACAUGUCCGUGCAGUAG